AUGGAUAAGGACAAGUUACCUACAGAAUCUACAUCUCGUCCGACACUUCGUCAAAACGCUCGGAAAAACUCAACAUUAAUGAACACACAUAAUUUAUCUUCAAAAAUUCAAAGUGAAAAAAAUAAACGCACCACCACCACCAUGACGAAAAUCACCAAACAGAUUGUCAAAUCAACAAAACAAUCCCGUAAAAGAAAAAAAAAGACCGAUAGUCAUAUAAACUCCAAGUCGAAAUCAAAAAGAUCAAACACAGUUGCCAACCGAUUGGAUAGUACAGAUCUUGAAAUCAAUGAUGAACAUGAUCGAACAACGGAAGAACGAUAUGAUUCGAAUCAUUCUGAUCAACAUGAACACGACGCUGAGGACGAAGGAGCUGAUUAUGCAAAAGAAGGUGUAGAUGAAGGAGAUGAUGAAGAAAAAGAAGAAACAUCUAUUGCAUUGAAUCAUUCUUUUGCCAGCGACGAUACGCGUAACAAUGAUCCGAGUGAACAGCAAAAGAAUCUGAAAAGAACAACAACUCAAUCGAAGUACGAUGUUUUACAGCAUUUCACAACGUUGACGUCUGGUGAAUAUAUGUGUAAAAUCUGUCCAAGUGGAUCUAAAGUAUUUCCUGCUUCGAAUAAGCUAUCGGAUACAAAUCUUCGAAGUCAUUUAGGACGUUUCCACAAAUUGGAGAAAUUUCUUUACCCUUCUCAACGAAUUCGACAGCCAAGAAAAGAACCAACCAUAUCCGUUCAACAAAAACAAAAGCUGGAUGCUGCUGCAGUAAAUGCAAUUGUACAAGACGCUCAUGUUUUCAAUGUUUUUCGCAAAUCCGGAAUGAAAGGUUUUUUAGCAGAAGGUGUGCCAGGUUAUCGUGGUCCGAAUCGACGAACAGUCGUUAAACGUUUGAAAGUCAAGUAUAAACAACGACGAUCAUCCAUUCGAGAAGAAUUGUCAACAGUUUCUGAUAUAGCUUUGUCGGUGGACGCAUGGCAAAGCAAUAGGAGAGACCACUUUAUUUGUCUAUCAGCUCAUUACUAUGAUAAGAAUUUCAAAUAUCAAUCCAAUAUAAUUACGUUUCGGCGUUUCGUUGGAACUCAUUCCGCCGACCGAAUCAACAAGUUUUUAGUCAAUGAAACCGAAAAACUGGGAAUUCGAUCGAAAAUAUGCUCAAUAACAACAGAUAAUGGGCCUGAUGUGCGUACAGCAACAAGAUCAGGAUAUGGAGUGAAACUUUCUUGCUUUUUACAUGUUUUAAAUUUGGUCAUUCGCAAUGGUCUUUGGUUGUUCGAAAUGCCUGCCACACAAAGUUCAACAGCAUCGACAAAUUCUUCGAUUGCACGUUCAGCAACAACAACAGCAUCAACAAAUUCUUCGAUUGCACGUUCAGCAACAACAACAGCAUCAACAAAUUCUUCGAUUACACGUUCAGCGACAACAACAGUGUCAAACUUAAGCAAUUCUGCCCCGGAAUUAACUUCAUUUGUAUAUUCUUCAAUAGAUGAUGAUGAACACGAUUUAUUAAUUAAUGUUGAUAAAGUUUCAGAAGAAUUAAGUGAUGAUAGUGCAAGUAGUACAUCAUCAGAUCAAGAUGGUACUGUUACAACAUCAAUAUCUUCAUCAGAAGAUGAAUCAGUUUUGUCAUCUUCAGAAAGUGAAACUGAAAAUGAUUUGCAUUCGACAACAUCACAGGUUAUGGAUGAAGAAGAUUUCUUUUAUCGAGCAUCUCAUGAUAUAACCUUUUUAUUGAAAAAAGUUCACAUACUUCUUAAACGUGUUCGAAAAUUAGUAGGAUUUAUUCAUCGAUCAAGCGUGUUACAUCGCUAUGUUGCUAAACAAAUGAAAUUGGAAAUAGAUAAUUAUAAUCAAAAUAUCGCAUCGAAUGAUCCAUCGAUGAAAAACAUGAAAUUCAAGGAACUCACGCUCGAUAUGAAAGUUCGAUGGUCGUCCACGUAUGCUAUGUUAUCUCGAUUUAUUUUUUACAAGUCUGUCAUAUGUUCAUUAACUUACGAUUUGACAAAGCGAAUGAAUUUGACUCCACGUCAAAAUCAGAAGCUGAAAAAAUUAACUUUCACAUCGUUUGAAUGGAGAAUCCUCGAAACACUUCAAACAAUACUUCUUCCUUUUUAUAACUCAACAAUGGCUCUUUCAACUCGAAAGCGGCCAACUUUGUCAUGCAACAAGACGAUCAUGAUUGCUUUAGCAAAUUUUUUCACUGUGGACGAAAACGAACCAACGACUUUAGAGAUUUUAUUGAAACAACAUUUGUCGACUAUUUAUCAGUUUUACAUGGAGAAGCAUAUUACCGAUGAACAAUUACGUGCAACACUGGUGGCGUCAUUUCUCGAUCCAAUGACAUACCACUAUUUAACAUGUGCUGAUAAGAAAGAAGCGGAGGCUAUUAUCUGUACCAUAGCCACAGGACAUCUUGCAAAAAUCAAUUCUCAACCAUUAUCAUCAACCAAUCCUUUAUCAAUAUCUAUACGAACAGCUUCAACUGUUAAAGAUCCAAAUGAUCGACUCAAUCCAAUAGAAAAUCUUUUGAUUUCAUGUGGUAUACCAGUACGAAAAUUAUCAUCAACAAAUACAAAUUUGCCUAAAAAACCAUCGGCAAUUAAAGAAGAACUAGCUCAAUAUGUUGCUAACCAUGGAACGUAUGGGGAUUUUACAGAAUACUGGGAAAAGAACCAAUCUCGACUACCAAUUUUAGCAUCAAUAGUCCGCAAAUACAACAUCAUGUGUGCUACAUCCAUUGAAUGCGAAAGUGCCUUCAGUAUUGCUGGCUAUAUACAGCGCAAGAAUCGAUCAAGCUUGGCACCAGCAACAUUACGAUAUUCAAUGAUAUUACGUGAGAAGUCACAGAACUAA